GCGGCCGCUCCCGCUGCACCUGCCCGGCUACCGCAGGCCGGGCUUCGCCAUGCUGCCUACCAUCUCCUACCAGCAGGAGAUGGCGGCGGCCCCCGCCGUCGUCUACAGCUACCGCAGCCAGCCUCACGCCCUGCCCGCCCGGCCCAAGUACCGAGCGACGCCGGACGAGCAAGAAAAGGAACCUGUUCGCUACGCCAACCUCAUGUAUGACAGGAGAGUGGUGCGCGGCAACACUUACGCCCUUAAAGUCAUGCCUGUGAGUACCCAACCCAGUCGCUUUGAGAUUCAGAGGCAGAGGGAAGCACGGGAAGGGGCACUGGCUAGAAAGCGUGCAAGAGAGCAAAUGCAAGUAAGAACGCCUGAGCCUGUGGAAGGCAGAGAGCAUGUUCACGUGCAGACAGAACUGUAUUUGGAAGAGAUUAGUGACCGGGUAAUAGAGGUUGAUGCAGAGUGUCAGACAGGUGCAUUUUUGGACAGACCACCCACUCCGUUCUUCGUACCAGCCAAAACAGGGAAAGAUGUAGCCACGCAAAUUGAAGAAGGAGAGUUGUUUGACUUUGACAUUGAAGUCAAGCCAAUCCUGGAAGUGUUGAUUGGGAAAACAGUGGAGCAAGCUUUGCUGGAAGUCAUGGAGGAAGAAGAGCUGGCCCAGUUGUGGGCACGUCAGCAGGCCUAUGCAGAGCUGCGUAACGCCGAGCUGGCUGAAGUGCAGCGCCUGGAAGAGCAGGACAGGAGAUACAGGGAGGAGAAGGAACGUCGCAAACUCCAGCACAUGCAGCUGCUGCAGCACCAGAAAGAGACCACUGAGAAAAUCGCAGCUCGGGCAUUUGCUCAGCAUUACUUGGCUGAUCUCAUUCCAUCGGUCUUCAACAAUCUUCAUGACAGUGGAUAUUUUUAUGACCCCAUAGAAAGAGAUAUUGAGACAGAAUUCCUUCCGUGGUUGAUGGCAGAAGUGGAAGAAACACUAGAGAAGAAGGUUCUAGGAAGGACAGUGCUUGACUCCUUGAUUCGUACAGUGGUUGAAAACCGCCUAGAUGCAUUUAGCCAUAAACCUGAGUCUGAUCAGAUAGAGCCUGGGCCAACAGAUGCAGCACCUGAGGUGGCUGGUGAGACAGACACUGCUGACCAACUGGCUGCAGAGAGUGAAGAGACUGACCAUCCUGUUGAUGAAAAGCAGCCUUCACGUCGCACCUCUUUCCAGUCAGAAGAAUCGGAUCAAGCAGGAACAGAUAAUUUGGAAACUGAAUAACAAGCAGGCAAGUCAUUGAGUAAAUGGAGAUGAAUGUCUUAGAAAGAAGAAAUGAUUUCCUGUCUGUUUACAAGUACUGUGCCCUAGCCAUGCUGAAGGACAAACCUAAGCAACAGUAGAGCAUCGAAGUGUGUUUUCCGUAUGCUGAUAUUGCUGAUUUCAGGCUGUAAGAGUCAAGAGAGAAGUUACUAGUGUAAUAAAUGGCAGUGAAAUUCUA